GGCCCAAAAGGCGGAGUCGCCGGGCGGAGGGGCCAGAGCUGUGCGCGGUGCCGACUGCGCCGCCGAGACAGCCCGCGGGAACCCGGACCCCGAGGAGCCCCUCGUCCUCGCCCGGCCUGGCCAGGCCCCCCGCUAUGGAGUUCCUCUGGGCCCCGCUCUUGGGCCUGUGCUGCAGUCUGGCCGCUGCUGACCGCCACACCGUCUUCUGGAACAGUUCAAACCCCAAGUUCCGGAGCGAGGACUACACAGUACACGUCCGGCUCAAUGACUACCUGGACAUCAUCUGCCCGCAUUACGAGGACGACACUGUGGCGGCUGCCGCCAUGGAGCGGUACACCCUGUAUCUGGUGGAGCGUGAGCAGUACCAGCUGUGCCAACCCCAGUCCAGGGACCAGGUCCGCUGGCAGUGCAACCAGCCGAGCGCCAGGCACGGCCCGGAGAAGCUGUCGGAGAAGUUCCAGCGCUUCACGCCCUUCACCCUGGGCAAGGAGUUCAAAGAGGGACACAGCUACUACUACAUCUCCAAACCCAUCCACCACCAGGAAGACCAGUGCUUGAGGUUGAAGGUGAUCGUCAGUGGCAAAAUCACUCCCAGUCCUCAGGCCCAUGUCAACCCACAGGAGAAGAGACUUCCAGCAGAUGACCCAGAGGUACAGGUCCUACACAGCAUCGGGCACAGCGCUGCUCCCCGCCUCUUCCCACUUGCCUGGGCUGUGCUGCUUCUGCCGCUCCUGCUGCUGCAAACCCCAUGAAGACAUAGGCCACACCUGGCCUGAGGAUUUAGAACUGGGCCGAGGAGGCAGGAUGGGCACCCUCACCUGUUCGGGGACCCCUCCCACGGCCCCAGUCCUCCUGGGAACCAUUCCCACCACAUGCACAAGCUGCCAUCCAGCAGCCUCAAAACGGGUAUCAAGAGUUUCAACCCAAAGGGGGUCGGCAAGCCUGGUAGUGCCAUCACUGCCUCCACCUCGAGGGAUGGACAGGGGAGUGGGGAUAGGCCUUCCCCCACCAUUUCUGCCCUCAAGCCAAAGGAACAAGCUGUGCAAGAUGUGGCCUCUUGAGAAGGCCGAGCUGGAGGGAGCCUGCGGUCAUACAGAUGGACACUGAGCUUGGCAAAGAUGCCCCUCCAGAGAGAGCCAGGAUGCCCAGAGGCACUGGCUGCAGGAGGAGUGUGAGACAGUUUCAUGCCUGGGAACCAGAGAUGGGAGAGGCAGCGCGCUUGGGCUGAUCCAGCACCUCCCCAAGACUUCCGGAAGUCUUUGGAGCUGCCGGGGAGAGGGCUGCAGCCAGGCACUGCGCCCCGUCCUCUCCCAUCUGAGGGUAGCACUCCGCAGAGCUGUGCCAGCAGGGGGGCUGUGCCAACCUGUGUCUAGAGUUUAGGUG